UGAUGCAGUCUGCACUGCUUUCACAACCCGGUCGGUCCGCGGGGCUGGACUGCGCUGCCUGCUGCGCACAGCGACCACAAGCUCCCCAAGUAGUGACCCACCAGCAGCGAUGCGUGCUAUGGCCACGCAGUAGCAUUCACUGGAAUAGAUGGUGAAGCAGUCUUUUGCAGAAGGGAUUCUUCUUGUUUUUGUCUCCCCUGGAGGUGCGCUAUGGCAGCCAUGGUGAGCUGUCAGAGUGGCAGAAGUUUACGAAACGGCGACUGGGGCUUCGCACCUCUGCUGGCUGCUGUGCUGCUCAGCUUUCUGCUUGCAGGGAUGCAGCAGACCACAGCGUUUCCCACCUGGAGAUUAGAGGAAGAAGCUCACACCACUGUGCUGCUCAUCGGGAUCCGCAAAGAGGCCCGGUCACAAGUACUUCACCUCUCCAGGAACAAGCGCUACACCCUCACCCCGGAGAAGCUCAAAUGGGACAAGUUCAAGCUCACAUACAAGUUGCUCUCCUUCCCUACAAACUUGAUGAACGCCAGCGAUACACGUCGGGGAAUCGCCAAGGCUUUUGGCAUGUGGAGCGACGUCUCGCCGUUCACCUUCAGAGAGGUGCCGGCCGACCAAGAGGCGGACAUCAAGAUCGGCUUCUAUCCAGUCAACCACACAGACUGUUGGCAGUCCCACUUGCACCAUUGUUUCGAUGGCAUCACAGGAGAACUGGCUCACGCGUUCUUCCCGCCAACAGGCGAGAUCCACUUUGACGACCACGAAUAUUGGAUUCUGGGAAACAUGCGCUUCAGCUGGAAGAAAGGGGUUUGGCUGACGGAUCUCGUCCACGUGGCGGCUCACGAAAUCGGUCACGUCCUGGGACUCAUGCACUCCAUGGAUCCCAAAGCUUUGAUGCACCUGAAUGCAACUCUGACAGGGCGCAAGCUCAUCACACAGGAUGAGGUGUGGGGUUUGCACCGGCUCUACGGAUGUUUGGAUCGUCUAUUUAUCUGUCCGGCCUGGGCUCGGAAAGGCUACUGCGAGAGCAAGCGCAGACUGAUGCAGAAGCACUGCCCCUCCAGCUGUGAUUUCUGUUACGAAUUCCCUUUCCCCACCGUAGCUCCCACCCCGGCUCCCCCAAGGACCAAACACAAGCUGGUGGUCGAGGGCAAGAAACUGACAUUUCGUUGCGGGAAGAAAAUAGCAUCAAAGAAAGGCAAAGUACACUGGUACAAGGACGGGGAGCUGCUGGAGUUCUCUCACCCAAACUACAUCUCACUGAAAGACGACCACAUUACUAUAGUGGCCAACGCCAUCAACGAAGGCACGUACACCUGCAUCGUUAAGAAGAAGAACAAAAUUCUCACUAACUACUCGUGGAGGGUACGCGUGCGCUUCUGAAGCAGAACAGCCCAGCUCCUCUGCACACUGAACAGGACAUAUUCACAGAUGGUCACCAGGAGACCUCACUCACUAGGGCACAUACUAGUAUUUUUUGUUUUGUUUUUUAAACGUUCUUCCUGUAUCCACGUAAAAUUGUUGACCGUCUUUGUGUCAAUGCGUUUACAUCUGUGCAAAGAAUAAAUGCUCUGUGACAGAUAUUUUUUACAUUUUUUGUGGAAAACACUACCUGACUGUAAAAAGCUGUUUGUGGCAGAUGCUGUGGUUUGCAUUUUAUUUGGUGAUGAAAGUUCUGUGCAGCUCUCAUCAGCUGUUCGGGACGAUGACGUCAGUCUGGAUUCAUCAAGCCUGGACUUCUUCAAAGCUCUUUCAGCUAAGGCAGCUGAAGGAGUCCAAGGCCACCCACGGGAUUCCUCUGAAAAAUAGGGACUAAUUAGUUGCACAGAAACCCAGAAGAUAUUAGUACUGUUGGGAGAACUCACCAUAGCCUUCUACAAAAUGUCCCAAAUGUCUUUUUUUUUUUUUUAAUGGACCUGAAAAACUUACAGAAGCCCUUGCUUUAGAUGCAUAGCAUUCAAAUAAUUUACACACUGCCCAAGUAAGCUACUAAAGCCAGAAUAAACAAU